UGCGGCUCCCGGGCGCUGGCGGGGGCAGGAGCUGACCGCGAUCGCCUCCCCUCCCCCCUGUCCGACCCCUUACGGCUGCCUACGCCCUCGUCGCGCCCCGCCGCCGACCCCUCUGAGCCGGCAGCGCUGUACGAUGUGAGCGGCCGCGGGGCUCGGCUGCGCUCCCGGUGCCCACGACGCUGGGGCGGGCAGCGAUGGCCAGAGUCUGGCGUGGGAGCAGCCGCCGUCGCCGAUAGGAAGCGCCGGGGCUGCUGGGCAGGCAGCGAGGAGACUCCCUCGGGCCGUGAAGCGCUUGUCCCGCCCCGCCCCCUCCCUUCUUCCUUCCCUCCCUCCCUCCCCCCUCCUUCUCCCGCGGCCGGUGCAUGCGGGGCGCCGGGGGGGCCGAGCUCGGGUGCCCUGCAGCCGCCAGCCUGAGUGACCCGCCGGGUCCUGCGCAUCCCUGCCAUGUCGUCCUCGUCCAGCUCCUCGCAGACCCCCCCGUCCCACCACCAGCCCGCGCCGCAGAGGAUGAGGCGCGGCGCCGCCGGGUCCCCCACUGCCGCCGGCGGCACGGCUGGGGGCUCCGGUAACGGGGCUGGGGGAGGCGCGGCGGGGACCAGCCGGCUGCUACAGCCCAUCCGAGCGACCGUCCCGUACCAGCUCCUGCGGGGUAACCAGCACAGCCCGACCCGGUCCCCCUCCUCCUCGGUGGGCAGCAAUACCGGGCUGGGGGGCGGCGGUGGGGGUCGCGGAGGAGGCAGCCCGCCGCCGCCCAGCGCGACGCCGCCACUGGCGGCGGGAGGCGGCGCGGCGGAGCCGGGCAGGGUGAAGGGCAGGCAGCGGCGGUCGCCGGAGAGCGGCGGCGGCAGCAGGAGGAGCAGCUCACCUGAGAGACGGAGCCCCAGCUCCCCGGUGUACAGAGUGGACAGGCCAAAAUCCCAGCAAAUCAGAACUUCUGGUACCAUAAGGCGAACUUCUUCUUUGGACACAAUAACAGGACCUUACCUCACAGGACAGUGGCCACGUGAUCCCCACGUACACUACCCUUCAUGUAUGAAAGAUAAAUCUACUCAGACACCUAGCUGUUGGGCUGAAGAAGGAGCAGAAAAGAGAUCCCAUCAGCGUUCAGCAUCGUGGGGAAGUGCUGAUCAACUAAAAGAGCAGAUUGCCAAACUGAGGCAGCAGCUCCAGCGCAGUAAGCAGAGCAGUCGUCACAGUAAGGAGAAAGAACGUCAGUCACCUCUCCAUGGCAACCAUAUAGCAAUCAGUCAGACUCAGGCUUCUAUUUCCAGAUCAGUCCCUAUGCCACUGUCAAACAUUACAGUGCCAAAAUCAACUGUUUCACGUGUGCCGUGUAAUGUGGAAGGGAUAAGCCCUGAACUGGAAAAAGUAUUCAUUAAAGAAAACAGUGGAAAAGAAGAAGUAUCUAAGCCUCUGGAUAUCCCUGAUGGUCGAAGGGCCCCAUUACCUGCUCACUAUCGUAGCAGUAGCACACGAAGCAUCGACACUCAGACUCCGUCUGUCCAGGAGCGCAGCAGCAGCUGCAGCAGUCACUCACCUUGUGUCUCUCCCUUUUGCCCUCCUGAAUCUCAGGAUGGGAGUCCUUGCUCCACAGAAGAUUUACUCUAUGACCGUGAUAAAGACAGUGGGAGUAGCUCACCGUUGCCCAAGUAUGCCUCAUCUCCCAAACCAAACAACAGCUACAUGUUCAAACGAGAGCCCCCAGAGGGAUGUGAGCGAGUGAAGGUCUUUGAGGAAAUGUCGUCUCGUCAGCCUGUCUCAGCCCCUCUCUUUUCAUGUCCUGACAAAAACAAGGUUAAUUUCAUCCCAACCGGAUCAGCUUUCUGUCCUGUAAAACUUCUGGGCCCCCUCCUUCCCUCAUCAGACCUGACACUGAAGAAUUCUCCAAACUCUGCCCAAAGCACAGCUUUGAGCACCCUGACUGUGGAGCAGCUUUCCUCUCGGGUCUCUUUCUCCUCUCUGUCAGAUGACACCAGCACAAUGGACUCUACAGAGGUCCCGCUACAGCCCCAGCAGCAGCAGCCGCUUUUGCAGGAAAUCCAGACUGAAGACCAUUCCUCUCCUCAGAGCUAUGUCUUAAUCUAGACCCAGGUGGAGCAGGCCUCUGCCCCAAAACAAGGACUGAGGAGAUACAUCUGCAUGAGGCAGCAGCCUUUCAGAACAAGACAGAAUACUUAGCAGCAUUUGAAAAAGUAUCUCGACGCUGUUGUUGGCAGGGACAGAAUCCAUAUUCAGCAUUUUUUGGUGAGAAAGCAGUAAUGCCUGCAGGAUCCAUAUAUCAUUAAGCAUUUUAAGUGGAGACUAUGCAUUUCAUAGUAUGUUUGACCAGAUUAGUACUGUGUCCUGUGUUCUGUUUCAAAUUCUACAGUAUAAAUAAGCUCUAUAUAUAUAUAUAUAAAAAAAAAGUUGCCUGUCUGAAUAGAAAAUGUCUUGCUGUGUUGUGUCCUAUGGAAAAUACUGUACUUCAGGAUUAUGUUUACAAUUGAUCCAGGCGUUUAUGUUUCUAACUUCUGUAAUACACACAAUGCAAAAAAAGAAAAAAAA